AUGAGAGAGAAUCGUCCAGAGAGAAUGGGAGUCAGGGCGGAAAGAGAGAAUGCGAGAGUGAGGGGGAGAGAGAGAAGAGAGAUAAAUAGUCAAAGAGAGAUUGGGAAUCAGAAAGAUCGGGGAAGGAGAGUUGGAGUCCAAGAGAGAGGAAAAGAAAAAGAGAUGGGAAAGAGAAUGGAAGUCAGAAAGAGAGACACACAGAGAGAGGAGGGAGAAUUGGAAUCAGUAGAAAAAGAGAGAGGGAGAGUGAGUGAGGGAAUCAGAGAGAGAGCGAGAGAGAGAGAGAAGAGAGAGAAGAGAGCAAAAAAGUCAGAGAGAGAGAGAAGAGAGAGAAGAGAGCAAAAAAGUCAGAGAAAGACAGACACAAGGGAGUGGAGUUAUUGGGAAUCAGAAAAGAGGAGAGAAAAGAAAGGGAGGGGAGAAAAAGAGAGGGAAAUGAGGAAAGCAUGGGAAUCAAAGAGAGAGAAGAGAGAGAAGAAGUCAGGGAAAGGCAGAUAG